GAGUACACCGUGUGUCACCCAGCGAUCCGGCUGCGCACUGCGUUCACUGCCGUCUAAACACCCGCGCAGUGUGACUGCCCCGCCGCAUCUCCGGGCGUCCCAGCUGCCCUCGGGGAAUUGCCCCCUCCUGACUCACACUGGUGGCAAGUGCUGAUUCAGCAGCAUCGGGAUUGGUCGGAUAGUCCCGCUGCACCUGCCUGACUGGUAGAACCGGAUCAACUGGCCUGGGGCUGGGUUACAUGGCAAAGGAGUCUCCGGCUGCCGGGGAGGCUGUGUCUGCGGGGUCCCGGUCCAUAGGAGGCGGUAUCUGCGGGGUCCCGGUCCGUAGGAGGCUGUAUCUGUGGGGUCCCGGUCCGUAGGAGGCGGUAUCUGCGGGGUCCCGGUCCGUAGGAGGCGGUAUCUGUGAGGCUGCUCAGAGGCUGCAGUUGACAUUUAAUGAUAUCCAGCAGAUCUCUCUUUCUAAGCAGUCGAGCCGCAGACGUACCCCUGAAACCCCCCGAGAUGUCUAAGGAGACGGUCCAGAUCCCCGAUGACCGGGACUUUCAGAACUUCAGGACGGAGUGCUCGUCGGAGGCCGGCUGGACCCUGACGUAUAAUAAGUCGGGGGUCACGGUGUGGGUGCAGAUCCUCGAGGAGGAGAGAGCCCUGCACAAGAUCAAGUGCAGGAUGGAGUGUAAGGAUAUACCGGCUGAAGUCCUUUAUGACGUUCUCCAUGAUAUAGAGUAUCGCAGGAAGUGGGACAGUAACGUCAUCGAGACCUUUGAUAUCGGGAAGCUGACGGUCAAUGCGGAUAUUGGAUACUAUGCAUGGAAGUGCCCUAAGCCCUUGAAGAACCGCGACGUCAUCACUCUGCGCUCGUGGCUGCCAAUGGGAAAUGAUUACAUCAUCAUGAACUAUUCUGUUAAACACGCGAAAUACCCCCCCAGGAAAGAUCUGGUGAGAGCGGUCUCCAUCCAAACGGGGUACCUCAUCCAGAGUGAAGGGGCAAAAUGCUGCAGCCUCAUCUACCUGGCACAGGUGGACCCGAGAGGUUCUUUACCCAAAUGGGUGGUGAACAAAUCCUCGCAGUUUUUGGCCCCAAAAGCCAUGAAGAAGAUGUAUAAAGCCUGCGUGAAGUAUCCCGAGUGGAAGAAGAAGCACAAUCCCCAACACAAGCCGUGGCUGUUCCCCGAGCAGAGCACCCUCCCCACCAUCAGCCUGUCGGAGGUGUCCGUCCAGCACGCCGACUCGCUGGAGAACAUCGACGAGAGCUGCGUGACGGAAACCAAAGACGACCGGGGCGAGGGCAGCGACGAGGACAGCGUCAACUGAGACCCUCGCCGCUCCAGCCAACCCCCUUCAUCGUGUUGGUGUCCACCAUGGUCUUCAUAACAAAGACCUACGGAAGGGUCAUUGAAGGAAGACUCCAGUAAUAAGAGGGCAGGACGUUUUUAUACAGCCCCGCGGGGGUUGUUGUCCAUUUUUAUUUUGGGCUUGUGUCGGUAACUCAUUCACCAGCAGAAGACCGUUUCGACAGAGGGCAGGGCUGGCGUUCUCCCGUAGACUGGGGGUCCCCAUAAAUGAGCCAUACAUAUGACAUACAAAAAAAAAAAAGUCGGCAAGUCUGAUGUCACGCUCACAAGCCCAAAAUAUGGAGAAUGACGGGCACUGCCACUUAGGAUAGUAUCGGCCCCGUCGCCAUUCAUAAUCCCAAUAGAUGCCGAUUAAUAUGUAACGUUAUUCCGCUAGGGGGGCAUCUUCUCGAUGUAGCCCAUCCCCCCCCAUCAAUCAGUUAUUUUUAAGAGCCAAUGUUAAUGGUUUCUUCCUUUUUAACCAGAAUUCCUUCAGCUAGGAAUUCCAAAA